UUGUUUACAUCAAUUACAUGCGCCAUCGGUCACCGAUGAUCGGUGUUGAAACAUGGCCAAGGUGGAGGAGGAGCCGAAGGAUUUCUUCGAGCACUUGGAACGCGUAUUUCCAAUAAUUAAGGGAAAGAUUCAGGAAGAAUGUACGGAGGAGGAGUUUGCGAAUUUAUUAAAGAUUUUACAGAUUUUCAAGUCGACGCAGUCUAUCAUUGAGAUCGUGAUUCAUCACAUAGAACAGUACAUCCGUUGUCACGUGGCACCGGCGUUCUGGGAGAAGUUCGAGUACACGGAGGAUGGCAAGCGCGGCUUUGAAUUGUUCAAGUCUGCCGUCGACGGUCUGUACACCAGUCUCAUGGAGUUCCUGCCGAUUCUAAAGAAACUAGAGUACCUGAGGCAGAAUGGAGGCGGGUCUCUGUCGAGCGCCGAGGACGACAUAGACAUAGAGGCGCGAUUCAAGCUCAUCGUGAGAGCGACGUUACUGAGCCAACUACCUCUGUGCCACGAAUGUAUCAUAGAACACUUUUAUAAAAUCGCGUUCAACGUAUUCUGCAACUCGGACAACUCGUCGCAAGCAGACAUAUCAGUCAGCGAGAUCCAGUGCACAGGAUGUACUCAGGAAGUGGAAAACUGCCGUUGUCAGAUGAUAGUAUACAUGUUUCACGAGACAAACAGAAAAUUAAUCGAGCUGGAGUUAUUGGAGAGACUCGUAGGGAACGUGCUCACGUCGCUAAUCCAUAUCCGUAUCGAGAAUCAUGUGAUUCAAACGUGCGACAAGACGUUCGACGUGUCACAAUUGAUCUCGUUAGAAAAUUGGCUCGAGACUGUCGUCAUGAACUGGCUCAUACGAGUUUACUCCGGUGGAUUCUCGAAAACGGUAGCGCUUAGCGACCAAGUUCGCAACGCCAUAAACAAGUUUAAACAGAAAUUAUCUCAUUUUCUGUACGAAACGUACACCAACGUGAGAAUCGAUCAUCUCUUUAACAUAAUAAUAGAGUAUCCCGAGUCGCAGCCCGCGGUGGACGAUCUCCGAGUUUGUUUGGAAAGGACCGAUAAGCGGAAGGUCCUGGUUAAGAAUCUGCAGGAAGCGAUCAAAACGAGGCUCUUGCAUGCCGGUGUGAACACGCCGGACAUAGUGACUGCUUAUAUCGCCGCGAUCAAAGCGCUCAAACACCUCGACCCAACUGGAGUGCUUCUGGAAGCUGUAACGGAGCCCAUUAAAUGCUACUUGAGGAGCAGAGAGGACACCGUACGUUCCGUCGUUAAUAGCCUGCUUGACGAUUCACCCAGUGAAUUAGCUGACGAACUGGUGAAGGGCGAGUGCCUGCAAUUGGACGACGGUUCGGCGGACGAUGAGACUGAAGAUUGGGAGAAAUGGAUGCCGGAUCCAGUCGACGCUGAUCCCGCUAAAUCGACACAGCGUAAAGUAUCUGAUAUUAUUUCCACUCUGGUGAACGUUUAUGGCAGUCAGGAUUUAUUCGUCAACGAGUAUCGCACGUUGCUGGCGGAUAGACUACUCUCGCAACUCAAUUACCAUACCGAACGCGAAAUACGUCAUUUGGAAUUGUUGAAAAGACGCUUCGGGGAGAAUCAGCUGCAUUACUGUGAAGUAAUGCUGAAGGACGUUUACGACUCGAAAAGGAUAGACGGUAACAUCCACUCCGACACCAGCUACAAUUUGCAGCGGGAGCUCUUUCCCACUUCCGCGCUCAUAUUAUCGGCGCAGUUCUGGCCGCCGUUCAAGGAAGAUUGGAAAUUGAAGCUGCCAAGUAUCGUGCAGAAUCAAUUGAAUAAAUACGUCAAAGCGUUCGAGGCACUGAAGGGAAACAGAACGCUCUGCUGGAAGCCCCAUUUGGGAAACGUGAGUCUGGAAAUCGAAUUGAAGGACAGAAAGCUGGAUAUAAACGUGACGCCGGUGCACGCGACGAUUAUCUUGCAUUUCCAGGAUAAAAAUGAGUGGACUUUACAAGAUCUGGCAGAGACAAUGCAUGCACCAGCAACUGUUCUGCGACGCAAGAUGACUUUCUGGGUGUCGCAAGGUCUCCUAAAGGAGACGUCUAAUGACGUGUUUAUUCUACAAGAAGAGAGCACGUCCAAGAGUCGUUUAUCAACGGAUAUCGUCGAGGAGGAAGAGGCAGAGAGCGCGAUGGCUUCAGCUAGCGAUCAGAGAGAGGAGGAGCUGCAAGUAUUCUGGUCCUACAUUGUCGGCAUGUUGACAAAUCUGGAUUCCUUGCCAAUAGAAAGGAUUCAUCAGAUGUUGAAAAUGUUUGCGUCGCAAGGACCGGGAGCCGUCGAAUGCGGUUUACCGGAAUUGAGACAGUUUCUGGAUAGAAAAGUCAGAGAACAUCAGCUGUUGCUCUCCGGUAGUUUCUAUCGAUUGCCGAAGUCGUAAAAGGAUAAAAGAAUCCUCUAUUCUGUAUAUCGAUUCUGUAUAUUGUAACAAUAAGAUAAAAUAAUACGCAUUGUGUUAAGUGAUAUUUUUUGCACGUAGAAAAACGUCGUUUUUAAUAGUGAAAUAAAAUUAACGUACAUAUUCCGGUGUAUUUUGUGUAUGAAAUGUCCAUUUACUUUUCGACAGCUAGUAAAAUACGCAUGAACAUUGGUAAACGUUAUAUUCGCCAUUCCCUUCAAGUGUCAAGGAAGUGUCGAGUAUUGAAAAAAUAUUUUUAUUACCGUUUAUCAUAGUAUUUAUACAUGUUUGUAUGAACUAUUUUAUUUGCACUUUCAUUGUAAAUUGUAAUUUUUUCUCCCAUAAGUAGGUAGCGUACGGUACACUAUAAUUCAUAAUCAGAUCUUUCCGAGAUUUCAGAAAAUAGAAUUGCUUUUCAUUGUCACUUACACAUUAAUAUUGCCACAUAUCCUGCACAUAUAUCAACAUUAAAAUAAAAUAUGAAACUAAAAAAUUAUCAUAUACAAUAAAUUUCGGCAAAAAACUAUAUAACUAUAUAGAAUAAUAAAUGUAAAUUCGCGUACCAUAAGAUCUAACAAGAUUGCUUGCACAUACAUAAUUUCUUAUGCAACUUAUCUGUAUACAUUUAUAAAUACGAUAACAGGGUGUAAAUAAAUCACGAUGGCGUCUACCUCUGCGGUGGUAAGAAUUAAAAUUAUUGAAUAUAAUAUUAUCAAAGGUCGGAUGCAGUGUAUGUAUAGCUUAUUUAUAAAAUUGAUAAAGCAUCUGUAAUAAUAUUAUAUAAGCCACAUGAAUUACUUACUCUUUCUGGCACAAGCAAAUAUUAAAUGGAUUCUCGUUUUGAAAUUUUAACAGAGACAUAUCGUCGUUUAACGCAGAAGUAAACCACAGCGGUAUUUAUUUAUACCGUCCAGAUGUUCAACUGAGUCAGUGCAUAUGUAUAAUACAUUAUGUGUAUACAUGUGUAAUAAUUUACGUUCCCACGCUCAUAUAUAUAUUAGACAGCAUAUACAUAAAGAGUAUACAUAUCUGUUCUGUGUAUAAUCCACGCUUGCGAAUGCGCGUAUAUAAUUCGUACAUUAUAAUCGCACUUAAUAGAGGACAAUGAUAUUCAAAAUAUUUCGUUAAAUCAAUUAUUUACGUACAAUAAUAAAAUAUAUAUCGGAUAUACUUUUUUUUUUACGUUGAGAACUUAAGUAGAUUUCAGAUCACUCUUAAAUAUGUGCGUGUAUACUUUUCAACGCUUAUAUAUACACGAAGGACCAAGCUAUCGGUACACGGUACACGGUACACUCCUCGGACAAAAAUUCAAAAAAUAUCUGUCGAAAGAACGAGUAUAACAUUUGACACAUGAAUGACUAUACAGGAGUUAUAUAACGCGUGCAACUUGAUAUCGUUCUUAAUCGUUACAUGUACAAUAUGGCAGACCUAAAAGUGGUGCAACUCUCUAAUAUAAUGAUAAAGUCGAUAUUAAGUAAGUCACUCUCUCACGCAAACACUCUUUGCACAUAUGUGGGCAGAGAUUACAUUUUUUUUUCUUCCCCUUAUACUCAUAUGAUUAUAAUAUCUAGCAAGUGAUUCUGCGUCGCAGUAAGUUGCGACAAUAGAUCUCGAUGCUUCUACCGUUUUUUUUGUUUUUGUCGAUUCGCCGGUUAAUAUCGAUAUGUCAUAUCGAUAUUUGUGCAACUGUAUAUACGUAUCUACUCGACAAUCCUGCAAGUUGUAAGUUCUUCAUAAAAUUAAAAUCUGCAAUUUAUUCCACGAGUCUUGACAACGCGUCUGCCACCUUGGACGCCCUGCCACAUUUCUCUCGUCAACGUAUUAUUGCACAUUGACAUCCUAAAAUUCUACGAUUCUCUGCGAAUAGUAGAAUUUUAGACUUGAUACUUUUAGCUGAAACAAUAUAUACAUGUAGUUCUCAUGCAUCAGCAUACGACGUACGUCAACAUCAAGCAUCAGCGUACGACUUUUAGAGUCUUCUCUUGGGGGAUAUUCGUGAUUCUAGGCUACGGGUGUCCCCAACAGUCCUCCUCGCAACGUAACGAGAAAGACUGUCAGAGAGUGAUCCAAUUGCGUCCUUCUUCUUCGAAGGAUAUACAUGUGAGAAAGUUAAAUUUUGAUUGCACAGAUUCUAACGCUAUUACAUAGAGCCUAUCGAUAACGAAGCUUUAUCUAGAACGGUAACGCGGCUACACCGCACUACGUUAUUAAUAUUACAAUAAGGCACAUUUAUGUGAGAGAGUUGUACAGAAUUUUGAUAGUUUUCUCCAACGUGAGAGGUGGGUCGCGCGAGAAAAAAAAGGAAGACACAUUGGCAACGAUUUCUCUCGACGGGGUCUUCGAAGAGCUUCGCGAGUUCUCUCGCGAAUCUUCUUGUCUGUGUUUUCUUUUUCGCGCGACACCUUUCUUCUCCAGCAGUUAGCUCUAAAAAUGCGCGUAAAUAUAUAUCAAUUGCGUUUAAGUUAAUGUUGUCACAUUCUCGCGCUGCCACCUCCAGAGACGGGGAGGUGCCAGCGUAGUCGUAAGUACUGGGAAAAACGCGAACAACAAUUUCAUCGCCGCCGCGAGAAGAGAGAGAAAAUAAAAUACUUUUUUUUUUUCGGAGACAUCGACGAUACGAGUGCUACAACAAAAUCCCCCAUCCCCUGCGGGGGGGAGUAAAAAUAUUCGGUAAACUAAAAUCCGUACUACGAAAAACUACUAUUGCUACUACCGCUAACGUUGCGCCGAGCUCGAAUUGCGCAUACCCGACUCGCGUCCAAGACAAGUCUGUAAUAGUCCCGCGUUUACUCGCAAAAAAAGUCCCGCGGGGAUUUCCUAUACAAAAUGUAUAUAAUAUACAUUUACACGUAAAUAUAUAAUAUAUAAAGAAUAUAUAUAUAGCAAUCCCCAAUCUUUCCGUAUGUAUAUUUAUAUGCUAUAAUGCACCUCGCAACGCUACCGUUCCUUGCGAGGUGAGACGAUAAAUUUGCGCCGCCGGCUACGACGGCGCGAAGUGGCUCGGAUUCCCAAUCGGCGACGACUCCGUCGAUCGCCGAGACGCGCGAAAGAAACCUAACGUUUCCGAACAUUAAGAGGAUACAGGAUGAUGGAUAAGCUUGACGAACGGGGCUGGUGACGCGGACGGACGGCGAAGGUGGUCGGCUGGUUGGUGAACCGAUCGAACGCGGGAUGCUGUUCCAGAGUCCAGGUGUUAGCACGGGGCGAGUGGAUAUCCAUUGUUAGCACUCCAAGCCUACAGGCCACGGGCAACCGGGGUUAACAAGAAAGAAAAGAAAAACAGUUUGUUAGUAAUCUGAUUAUAUGACUGACCGACGUUAACAUUAAGUAUCUAGUAGCUCGCCAGCUGAGAGAAAUAUAGUUAGUGGUGAAAAGCAACGCUUCCGUUUCUCGUGCGCGUCCGUAAAACAUGACCCGGCACGCUGAGGUCGAAAGGUGGGAUCGAAGUUGAAGUUUCUUUUUCUUUCUUUUUUUUCCCUUUCCAGCGUCCUGCCGUGCGAAUGCAUUACAUUGCCCCUCCCCGAUUGUCCCAGCUCGCGAACGCGAGAGGACCGUCAUCUUCGGUCGGGGAAGCCACGACGAAGCAUUGCUUUGCACCGGCUACUUGUAAUAUUUAUUAGUGUGAAAGCACUCGACUUGUACGCGUCAUGACAAGAUAACAGUUUCGCGCGGGAGAACGAGCGUUCGGCCGUUCGUAUCGAGUGUCAAGCUGGCACUUCGUUAUCUCACGAAUGCCCAUGACUAUUAGACCCGUCUUGCCCAAGUGAUACGGCUCGCGACACCCUUUCCCGUGCGCGCAAAAGUCGUACAAAUCGAUGGAUUACACAUCACUGUAGCGACUCGCUCGUCAGGCUGGAUGCACCGGUGAACGAGGGCUCGAGGACCGCGCCGGAGUCUCUAAUUACACGCUCCUUAGCGAUCGCCUUUAUCGGAAUCAGUCGUCCGGUGCGAUCCUAUCGUUCCACUCUAGCUGUCCCCAAGUCUUUAAACAGUGUACUUUCCAAGUUGACGAGAAUCUCGAUCGUCGAAAAUAACCGCGGAAGCCCAAUCGUUCACCGGUGCAUUUACCCCACGGCGGUCACGUAAAAGAACAUAGCUGCCUGUAUAUGUCAGAUAUCAGCC